AUGCCAGCUGAACUCUCCCGGGCCGUGGGAAUGCACGCCAUCUCCGACCUGCACUCCUCCCUCCCCCUGCGGCUCCUCAACAAGGGGCCCGAGUACCUCCGCAGGCAGCUGGAGGCCGGCAAGCCGGGCAGGAAAAGUGCCGUGGAGAGACUGGCCGCCGACAAGGCCAAGUACGUGAAGAGCCAGCAGGUCAUCGGCAGCAGGCAGGACCCCGUCAUCGCGCUCAGCUCAGCCUCGGAGAGCAGCAGCGAGACCUGCUCCGUGGAGAGCAGGGCGGCGAGCCGGGAGCCGGGCAGAGGCGCGGGCGCGAAGCCCCGGGAGCCGGGCACGGCCGGGAGCUCCUGCCGGCCCCCCCUGCAGCACGGCCCCCCCAUCGCCAGGCGCAGCACCAAGAGGCAGAUGCGGCCCGAUUCCCUGGUGAUCUACCGCCAGAAAUGUGAGCUCGGCAGGGGUCAAAGCCAGGACAGCUCACGGGGGAAUUUGGUGAGGAGGAUCUUCAAUGGGUCCAUAAAGGAGAAGCAGUUGGCUUCCCCUGCGUUGCCCAGAGUCAUGGAGGACAUCGCAGCCACCGAGAGCAGCGAGCCUCUCUCAGCAAAAGAUGGUGACCGUGAGCCAAGCGACCAUGGAGCGGUGCAGACUAUCCCUGUUAGCACUGAAGGGGCAGGGGUAUGUACAAAAGAGCAUGAGAGACCCUCACAACUGAGUACACCUCCUGAAGAGAUCAAGGAGGUGAAGAGGAGAGGUCUCCAUCGCUCCCAGUCGGACAUCAGCUCUCGCUACUCCAAGUCCUUCGCUGAGUUUGAAACAUUUUUCAAGUACUGUGGCUUGGAGCAGGAGGUCAUUGAGGAUCUUGGGCGAGAGAACUUCUCUGUGGUGUCUGACAAUGUCUCCUUCAAGGUGCGCAGCAUCAGCGUGGCCACGUCGGAGAGCGAGUUCACGCGGCACAGCGGGGACGAGGGGCUGCUGGAGGACGAGCUCACGGAGCAGGUCCCCAGCAGCACCUCCGUGAUUGAGCGCAACGCUCGGAUAAUCAAAUGGCUGUACACGUGUAAGAAAGCCAAGGAGACCAAUAAUGUGAUCCAGGAACUGGCGUGA